AUGCCUCGCUUGAUCGGCGAUGUUUUUGACUGGGACGCGGAGCCAGACUAUGAGUACAUCUCUCCUGAAUUCGCCAACGACUGUACACGACUUCCGGUCGAUACGCCAGCUGAUCGGGCGCAUCUCAUCCACAUGGAUAGCUACAAUCUUGCGGAAGCAGAAGAGGACAACGGAGAUACCCGUUACGACGUCAAGCUUUGGGAUGCUGUUUGUACCAUGCUGUUCAAGGUCUCCACAGCGGUGCUCGAUCAGUUUCUGGACUCACAGACAUUCCAACUGGUGUUGGAGCUCGAUUGUUCGACUGAACCAAAACUCAUCAUCUCGAGGCAGGGACGUCAAUACGUCCAUGAGAAUUUUCUCGAGUUUGACGCCCCUGUCCGCGCCCAAAUCAACUACGACGGUUCAUGGAAGCUCAUUUCUGCCACGUGGGGCAAGUACACCAAAAACAAUCUGGAGGACGCCUGGAACGAAGCCUACGUGCGUAAUUCCGUGUGA